GUGGGGGAGUGGAAAGUGAGUGGGGAGGAAUAAGACGACGGUUGGGAACGCAGGCAAUGGAGAGGCGAGCGAGGGAGUUGGGCUGCGUGGUGGAUUUUCCCGCGGAACGAACUUCAGAAACUUCUUUGGAAAAAGGAGAUAAAAUCCACCCUUCGGUGGUGGUGGUGAUAAUGCUUGGAUGGGCUGGCUGCAAGGACAGAUAUCUAGAGAAAUACAGUGCCAUCUAUCUACAGAAGGGAUGUUUAGUGAUCCGGUAUACAGCUCCAUGGAGACUUGUGUUUUUUUCAGAAUCCUUGGGUAUAAAAUCCAUGCAGACUCUGGCUAUAAAGCUGUUGAAGCUCCUUUUUGAUUACAAAGUGGAGACGAAUCCUCUACUCUUUCAUGUCUUCAGCAACGGCGGGUUCAUGCUCUAUCGUUACAUUGUGGAACUUCUUCACACUCGACAACAGUUCCAGCAUCUGAGGGUAGUGGGAACUGUUUUCGAUAGUGCACCUGGAAGGAAGAACUUGAGGGGUGCAAUUCGUGCUCUCUCAGUUGUCUUAGCAUCAUACAAUGUGUGUAUAAAAUACUUUCUUCUACUGUCAUUUGCAGUGCUGGUAGUGACAUUGCGGAUUGUAUUGUAUCCUAUGACUCGCUUUAUACAUGAGAGCCAUUAUGAAGCAAUGUUGAACCAACCUUCUAAAUGGCCUGAGCUCUAUUUCUAUUCCAAAGCUGAUUCUGUCAUCCUAGCAAGUGACAUCGAGGACAUGGUCCAGGCUCGACGACAGAAUCAAGUCCUUGUUAAGACUGUUGACUUUGUGCAUUCUGAUCAUGUUAGCCACCUAAGAGAGUAUCCUACCUCCUAUGCAACUCACUGCAUCUCCUUCAUGUACAGUUGCAUUGAAAGCACUUCUCAUUAGUAUGGUCAGUCUGAAAAUAUCAGCAUAUUCCUCUUUUCUUAAUUGAGUUUAUGUAUUAAUUAAGACUUCUGCUUCUGUAAUUUGCCAAGAGUUUGAAGAUUUUCUGAUAAUCUGGUAUAAACAUGUUUGCACAUAUUUGCUAAUUUAAUUUAAAUUUCAAACCAGAUAUUGGAGUUUUUCUGAGAUACAUGGAAGUAAAGGUUCCUAAGUUUAUCCAUGUCUAAAUACCAUGUUCAGUUUGAAUAUGUGGACCUAAAGAAUGUAAACAGCACUAUGUUUAUUUAAUUCUCCUUUUAUUAGCUUAUUCUUUUGCUGUAUUUUUCUCUCUCAUUUGCCUCUCAGAUUUUUCUUAUACCUG